AUGUGAGAGAAAUACACAGUUUGCUUACGAGAGAUGAGCAUAUAAUAUAUGCCUAGCGACUUGGCCAAGCGGGACGAAGACUUUUACAAACCAGUAAGCAAAUUCAAGUAGACAAAUUCCGUCUUCAAAACACAGCCAUGUUGCUUCUCUGAAACUUCAAUAGCAGAAGAAAAGCUCAUCACCAUACACUUUCACCUUUGCCAUUUCUCAUCUCACACUGCCCUUUAUUCUCAAUAUUUACUUUACCGUUUCUUGCUCCCAUCCCCUGCUUUUAGUUUUCCUCGCACCUUCUCUACUUCUUCUUCUCAACAUCCAUUUCUUUUCCAUUCCAAGACAAGCUAUGGCUGAUGCAAUUGUUUCUGCUCUCGCGAGUACAAUCAUGGGGAACUUGAAUUCCUCAAUUCUUCAAGAGCUUGGACUUGCUGGGAGCCUAGAGACUGAUCUUGAACAUCUCGAGCGCACGUUCAUAACUACUCAAGCUGUGCUCCAGGAUGCAGAGGUGAAGCAGUGGAAGGACCAGGCUAUAAAGGUGUGGCUCAGACACCUCAAGGAUGCAGCUUAUGAUGUUGAUGAUUUGCUAGAUGAGUUUGCCAUUGAAGCUCAGUGGCAUCAGCAGCGAAGAGAUCUCAAAAAUCGACUAAGAUCCUUCUUUUCGAUCAAUCAUAAUCCACUUGUUUUUCGACAAAGGAUGGCGCAUAAAUUGAAAACUGUGAGAGAAAAACUGGAUGCCAUUGCCAAUGAGAAAAACAAGUUCAAUUUAACACCACGAGUUGGGGACAUAGCAGCUGAUACCUACGAUGGACGGCUUACUAGCUCACUCGUGAACGAAUCAGAAAUUUGCGGAAGAGGCAAGGAGAAAGAAGAACUAGUCAACAUCCUGCUCUCUAAUGCAGACCAUCUCCCUAUUUAUGCUAUAUGGGGAAUGGGGGGACUAGGGAAAACAACACUUUCUCAAAUGGUCUACAAUGAAGAAAGGGUUAAACUGCAAUUCAGUUUGAGGAUCUGGGUGUGUGUAUCUACUGAUUUCGAUGUAAGAAGAUUAACAAGAGCCAUCAUAGAGUCCAUUGAUGGUGCCCCUUGUGGUCUUCAAGAAUUGGAUCCCUUGCAACGACGCCUCCAACAGAAGUUAAAUGGAAAGAAGUUUUUGCUUGUAUUGGAUGAUGUGUGGGAUGAUUAUGGUGAUAGGUGGAGUAAAUUGAAGGAGGUAUUAAGGAGUGGAGCUAAAGGUAGUGCUGUCAUAGUAACUACGCGUAUUGAGAUGGUUGCUUUUAGAAUGGCAACAGCUUUUGUAAAGCACAUGAGGAGAUUGUCUGAAGAAGAUUCUUGGCAGUUGUUUCAACAGCUUGCAUUCGGGAUGAGAAGGAAAGAGGAGCGGGCACGCCUGGAAGCCAUUGGAGUAUCAAUAGUGAAGAAGUGUGGUGGUGUUCCUUUAGCUAUAAAGGCACUAGGGAACCUAAUGCGGUUAAAAGAAAGUGAAGAUCAGUGGAUAGCUGUCAAAGAAAGUGAGAUUUGGGAUCUAAGAGAAGAAGCAAACGAGAUCUUACCUGCUUUGAGGUUGAGUUACACUAAUCUAUCACCACAUUUGAAGCAAUGCUUUGCGUAUUGCGCUAUAUUUCCAAAAGAUCAGGUGAUGAGGAGGGAGGAGCUGAUUGCUUUGUGGAUGGCAAAUGGCUUUAUUUCUUGCAGAAGAGAAAUGGAUUUGCACGUCAUGGGUAUUGACAUAUUCAAUGAACUAGUGGGAAGGUCAUUUCUGCAAGAGGUCGAGGAUGAUGGAUUUGGCAACAUAACAUGUAAAAUGCAUGAUCUUAUGCAUGAUCUUGCACAAUCCAUUGCAGUACAAGAGUGCUAUACGACAGAAGGCGAUGGGGAGCUGGAAAUUCCUAAAACUGCCCGUCAUGUAGCAUUUUAUAACAAAUCAGUAGCUUCGUCUUCUGAAGUUCUCAUGGUCCUAUCACUUCGCUCACUUCUUGUGAGGAAUGAACAGUAUGGGUAUGGAAGGGGAAGGAUUCCUGGUCGAAAACAUCGAGCCUUGAGUUUACGUCUCGGGGUGGAGAAAUUGCCAAAGUCAAUUUGUGAUUUGAAACAUCUAAGGUAUCUAGAUGUAUCAGACUCCAGGAUCAAAACACUGCCUGAAAGUACAACCUCUCUCCAAAACCUCCAGACACUAGAUCUGAGAGGUUGCACUAAUCUCAUCUAA